AUGGAGUCCUUGUCAGAGCAGCCUUGGGAUGUAAUCGUCGCAGGCACAGGCUUAAUCCAGUCUCUCCUGGCGUUGGCAUUGUCGAGAUCCGGGAAAAAGGUCCUCCACUUGGAUCAAAAUUCACAUUAUGGGGGCUCCGAAGCCGCCUUCAGUCUGGACGAAGCUGCCGAAUGGGUUCAGCAAAUCAAUCAACAUCCAUCCCGGACUCCAUUUGAAGAUGCCACGAUCCAGGUCCUUCGACCUGAUUCAGACAAUCAAGCAAAAUUGGCUGCGAGUCGUGCCUACACUCUGUCAUUGUCACCAUACUUUCUGUAUACUCGGUCAGAACUGAUUUCGGUUCUCAUCUCCUCAAAGGUGUACCGUCAGUUAGAGUUCAUGGCAGUCGGUAGUUGGUGGGUCUGUUCAUCAAAGGAACCUGACAAUCAAGGUCAUGACGGUGAAGCGAAGCAACUCUUCCAUCGUGUGCCAGGCAAUCGGGAGGACAUAUUCUCUGAUGGCCAAAUCAGCAUGAAGGCAAAGCGAACGCUUAUGCGUUUUCUGCGACAUAUCAGCACAAACGGAGAUGAUGAAGAGCAGAAUGAAUUGACAGAUGACAAUAUGUCGGAGCCAUUCACGAAUUAUUUGUCCACCAAAUUUGGUGUCCCGGCUGAGCUGCACAGGCCUCUGCUCUCCCUGUCGUUGUCUCAACUCAAUGAACAACAGACAUCGGCUAGCUUCGCAGUUGCUCGUGUGAAGAGACAUCUCGCUUCCAUCGGCGCUUUGGGGCCCGGUUUUGGCGCAGUUGUGUCUAAAUAUGGGGCUGGUUCUGAGAUCUUGCAAGUUGCAUGCAGAGCGUCCGCCGUGGGAGGAGCUGUAUAUGCUCUCGACACGGCAAUUGAGUCAUUGGCAGACGAUGUAGGAGACGAAGUGACUUCGGACUCCAAGUAUCCUGUCAAGGUGCGCCUCUCAAACGGGGAGACGGUCAGCAGUGGCUUGGUCUUCGGUUCCGCAUGGGAUGUUCCGAGUGAGGAGCAGCCGAAUUGCACGAAGGUUGCUCGAUCCAUCACCAUUGCAUCGUCCAGCUUUGCCUCGCUUUUCCCGGUUACUGUGGAGGGUGCACCGGUACCCGCCAGUGUGGUGCUGAUGUUCCCGGGAGAUACACUGGACAGUCCCUCGUCCCCACCAGUCUACCUCCAGGUUCACUCGAGUGACACAGGCGACUGUCCACGACAACAGAGUGUCAUCUAUGGCAGUAUUUCAAUUGCCGGAUCCGAAGGUCAAGCUUUGCUAGAGCGUGCUGUGGACCGACUCCUCCAGGCUGAAGGUCCUGAGGCCUCUGCUCUGUGGUCCCUGCGAUACACUCAGCUUGGUCGUCUGGCCAAUGGGGGACCGGCGUGUAGUCUUCAUUCGCAUUCCUCUCAUGUGUUCAGCUUCCCCCCUCCCAGUCUUGAUCUGGCGUUUGAGGACCAGACAGUUGAUCUAGUCAAGGAAGCGUGGGUACAUGUUGUCGGAAGCAGUGUUCCUCAUGAUGAAUUUAUGAUCUUUGAGGACCGCGAGGGCACGUCGGAUGAAUGA